UUUACUUUAGAAUUAAAGGAUGGUAUCUGGAUGGUAGCUUGAUGGCCCCCGAUGCGUGUUUGUCCGCAGAAUGCCCCACCUUUCACGUCCACCAGCAACCUACAUAAUCAUUCCAAUAAGUUGUGUGCCAGAAGCGCAUGAACCUCUGUUUGAAUCCCCACCUCUUGUACUAACACACCCCUGUAUAGCUGUGAUUGGCCAGAAGCAAAUGAAUGACGUCCCUCAAGAAGGAAGACUGGCUCCAAAUCUGUCUCCAAAAAGAACUGUACCACCUGGAAGUCGGGGCAAAAAAAAAAAAAAAAAAAGCGCGGCACAGAGAGACAUUAAACAAGCGCUACGGAAAGGCUGUAGCAAUCUACCCGGCCUCCUCUGUUGGUUCUUUAACCGGAGGACAGGAGAGCAGCGCGCGCUUUCGCUUCGGACGCGGGAGCGGCGCACGGCGGCGUUUAUCAUGAGUUGCCCGGACGUCAUGCGCCCGCUUUACGGCCAUUACGCACCUCACGCGCCUGGAGCCGCCGCGAUCGUCGGCAAUUUUCCGACUCACACUCGUGUCAGCAGUCCAUCGUCUCGGCACAGGAACCUAAUGGACGCCUCUGGAUCAGAGGAGGUCCCAGUUUUAGGAGGGAACCCAGUGCCAGGGAGCCUGUCCUCAUCUGUGUACUCCUCGGGCGGACAGAAGGAGAAGCCAGUCAGGGAAGCUGAGUACCUGAGCUCUCGAUGCGUUCUUUUUACCUACUACCAAGGGGAUAUCAGCAGUGUGGUGGACGAACACUUCUCCAGAGCUCUCAGCUCCUGCACAGGGAUGGAAGGCAAGAGGAGAGCCAGCCAGGCCAGCACAGAACCAACAUCUCCAAACAGUCGGAGAAAUUUCCCUCCAUCCUUCUGGGACAGUAAUUACCCGCCACCUCCCAGUCGACCGCAUUGUGACCCAACAGGGACCCCAGCCUACUCCGUGGACCCCUACACCCAAGCUCUACACGCAGGUUUACCUCAUGCCCAUCCUCACGCACACCCCUCUGACUCCUGGGGCUACACCCAAAGUCAGGUGUAUGGACCCCCACGGUCCCUCCAUGAACUCUACUCUGCACCGGGUCUGGAGGCACACUAUAGUCCCCUGCUCAUGCCUGCUGUCAGGCCACCCCACCUGCCCCCCACCCUGCCAGGCCAUUAUGACGUAGCAAAACUGGAACCUACGUCCACGUGGCCUGGACUGCUACCACCAGGAGACAUGGCACUUGCCCUAAACAUGGACCCAGGGCUGCAGCCGCAUAAGAAAGGAAAAGAGCUCUACUGGUUUUAACGACCAUCUUGAUCAUCAACUCGGCCAAUUAAAGCUCUGGAGAGCUGAGGACCGACCCAUUGUAACGGAGCUUCUCUCUAUCAGACCCCUUCGACCUUGCCAGGUUUAUCUGUGCACCAUGGAGAUAAAAAGAGCAUGGAGAGAGAACAGCAGAAAAAUGAGAGGGGUCCAGCUCUGUGCAUCUGUCUUUCCUUCUAAUCCUUCCAUUCUCUCUCUUUCUCUUUUUUUCUCCUGUUUUUUUUGUGUGUGUGGUGUAACAAAAAACCCAUCCUGCUGACAGGACGGUCAAUUGCCUUGAGAGAUUUGAGUGAACAAUGGAGAUCCAGGAUGGAAAGAAAGAAAUGACAAACAUUUGACAAAGAAUUGACAAGCGUGAAAUAAAUAAAGGUAAUAGCAAGUUAUUCAUAAUGUGUACUACAGCUCUGUGAGGGGAUUUUCAUAUUUAUCACACUUUGUAUUAUAUGUUAUACUGUAUGUGGAAUUUGGAGAAAAUAUCAGUAGCCAAAAGGAUGUUUAUGGCUGUUUGUUUUUCUUAUGAAUCAAGUGUAAUAUUUUGUUUUAUCUAUUAAAGUGUGUCGACUGAAUUUGACUACAUCUGAAGGCCAGUGAUUUGUGGAAGUGUACUAUUCAGAAACCUUUCACUAUAAAGUAGUUUCAGUUGGGAAAUUAUGUAUAUAAAAUUUCUGUGUAUUCA